UUGGUUUGGUCUGAAACCAAAAAAAGAAAAAGUUGAGGACACUGUCCCUUCCCUCGAAGGAAUAACCAAAAUGAAGGUAAUGAAUUUACGAUUUUGCCACUCUUACCAACUCUUGUCCCCAAACUUUCCCUUCCUUCUUCCUCCUUCGUCGCAGACUCCAAACUUAACUCUCAGAAAGAGAAACCCUUUUGCCAUUUCCUUCGAAACCCGUUUCUGUGCUCCAAUUCGCGCCUCCAUGGCCUCAGCCUCCGUUACGGACGCCACUACGAAGCCGUUUUCCGUUCUCUUCGUGUGCCUCGGCAACAUCUGCAGAAGCCCCGCCGCCGAAGGAGUCUUCACUGACUUGGUCGCCAAAAGGGGCCUCAAUUCAAGCUUCAGAAUCGACUCUGCUGGCACCAUCAAUUACCACGAGGGGAAUCAAGCGGACCCGAGAAUGAGGGCAGCUUCAAAGAGGCGUGGGAUUCAGAUGACGUCUAUUUCGAGGCCAAUCAGGCCCUCUGAUUUUGUUGACUUUGAUCUCAUUCUUGCCAUGGACAAGCAGAACAGAGAGGACAUAUUGGAGGCCUUCAAUGGAUGGAAAGAUAAACAUUCUUUACCGGGUGAUGCACAUAAAAAGGUUAAGUUGAUGUGCUCGUAUUGUAAAAAGCAUGAGGAAAGUGAAGUCCCGGAUCCUUAUUAUGGUGGUCCGCAAGGGUUUGAGAAGGUGUUGGAUUUGCUUGAAGAUGCUUGCGGAUCAUUGCUGGAAACCAUUUUGGCAGAAAACAAACACGUACAAGAAUCCUAAUUUGAAGAUAGAAUUCCAAUCCUGGGGUGAAAUUGUAAAAUCAUUGGUUUUUAUAGAUGUCAAAGUUCCUUCUUGUUUCUGUGGUUCACUAUCCUGGAUCCACGAUUUCUAUAUAUUGGAAACUUGUUGCCAAACUUAUUAUCUAGCAGUUGAAUCAUAAGUUUGAUUCUUUUUUUUUUUU